AUGAACGAUCCCUUGCGCGACAUUGCACAGAACGACGAAAAGCUGUUGGCGACUCUGGGCUACAAACAAGAACUUAAGCGGGAAUUUUCGCCACUUGAGGUUUUUGGAGUCGCUUUUUCGAUUAUCGGCCUUAUCCCCUCCAUGUCUUCGGUACUUGUCUUUGCGGUAGCGAACGGAGGGGGUCCCACAAUGGUUUGGGGUUGGUCGGUUGCAAGCCUAUUUAUAGUAUUCGUUGGAAUGGCAGUGGCGGAGUUGGGUUCUGCUGCGCCGACAUCUGGAGGGCUGUAUUUCUGGACUUAUUCCCUUGCGUCUCCACGUUGGAAGACUCUCCUCUGUUGGAUCGUUGGAUACUCAAAUACGGUUGGCUCAGUUGCCGGAGUUGCCUCAAUUGACUGGGGAUGUGCUGUUCAAAUAAUGGCGGCUGCCACGAUUGGCUCCAACGGAGCAUUUGAGCCUUCAGCAGUGCAACUGUAUGCCCUCUACGCAGCCAUUGUUCUCUCACACGGAGUUGUUUGUUCUCUAGGAACGGCACUCUUAGCUCGCCUUCAAACCGUUUAUAUCAUCCUGAAUGUCUUACUAUCCCUAGCUGUGAUCAUCGCACUGCCUGCUGCGACUCCAUCCGAAUUCAGAAAUCCAGCAAAAGUGGCCCUGUGGGAUUUUCAGAACUUUCACGGAUGGUCGAAUGGUUAUGCAUUCAUUCUGAGCUUUUUGGCGCCACUUUGGACAAUUUGUUCCUUUGAUGGAACCGUCCAUCUCAGCGAAGAGGCGUCAAAUGCAGCGACAGCUGUUCCGUGGGCUAUUGUGGGUUCUAUUGUGGUUUCCGCUGUCCUCGGAUUGGCCGUCAAUCUAUCGUUGGCGUUCUGCAUGGGCAAUGAUUUAACGGCAAUCGCAAACAGCCCCCAGCCCAUGGCGCAUAUCUUAGCCAACAGUCUCGGUCAGAAAGGAACUCUAACUUUGUGGUCGAUGAUUGUGCUCGCUCAGUACAUGAUGGGCUCUAGCGUGUUGUUGGCAAGCAGCCGGCAGACCUUUGCUUUUAGUCGUGACGGAGGUCUUCCAUUUUCAGGCUGGUUGUACCGCAUAAACCGCUCCACGAAUACCCCCGUUCAUACGGUUUGGUUCGUGGCCUUCUUGUCAACUCUAUUAGGCUUGCUUUCCUUCGCGGGAGAUCAGGCCAUCGGUGCUGUUUUUACGACAUCUAUCACGUCUCUCUAUAUCGCAUACACAAUACCCAUCUCCUGCAGAUUUCUCGGCAACAACGACUUUAUUCCUGGUCCAUACAAUCUCGGAGUAUUUGGUUUCCCAGUUGCAGUCAUUGCCGUGCUAUUCAUGAUUUUCAUGUCGAUUGUUUUCCUUUUCCCGAGCACCCCCCAUCCAGGCGUUGCGGAUAUGAAUUACACUAUUGUUGUCCUCGGCGGUGUUCUGGCUGUCUCUAUUCUUUGGUAUUACCUCCCGAAGUAUGGGGGUGUCCACUGGUUCACCGGGCCUGUGCGAACCAUCGACAGUCACUCGAGUCGGGAUAGCAGGAAUUCGGAUGAGGAUAACAAAAAAGAAGUAGUGACAGUGGAAACAAAGCAAGUCGUUUGA